GGCCACAUCGCUUUUGCUUCGUUUAUAAUUCUUUUACCGCUCUCCAUCUUCUCUGUUCACUGACUAAAAUCAUUCCAACUACUCGAUUCAUCAUCUCCAUUCAAUGAAUAACACCUGAAAAAUGCCGUUCCUAUUUUCACAUUAACGCUCUUCUCCAAUUCUUCUUCAUCAUCACUUUUCAGUUUCAGGUGUUUGCAGAUUUGCUCUGAUAUUUCAACUGUGACAAAAUAAUAUCUGGAUUGAAAUCUGUUUGAUAAAGAAAAGGUGGUCUUAUAGCUCAUAAGAUGGAAAAUUAUGAGAUUUUGGAGCAGGUGGGGAAAGGUUCCUUUGGCUCUGCACUACUUGUAAGGCAUAAACAAGAAAAGAAGAAAUAUGUUAUGAAAAAAAUUCGCUUAGCUCGCCAGACAGAGAGAACACGCAGAUCUGCCCACCAGGAGAUGGAACUGAUCUCAAGAAUACAAAGUCCAUUUGUGGUGGAAUACAAAGAUUCCUGGGUGGAAAAGGGAUGCUACGUGUGCAUUAUUAUUGGGUAUUGUGAAGGAGGUGAUAUGGCAGAUGCUAUUAAGAGAGCUAAUGGUGUUCUUUUCCCUGAGGAGAAGCUUUGUAAGUGGCUAGUUCAACUUCUGAUGGCACUUGAUCACUUGCAUACGAACCAUAUAAUUCACCGUGAUGUCAAGUGCUCAAAUAUUUUUCUGACUAAAGAGCACGAUAUACGUCUAGGUGAUUUUGGUCUUGCUAAAAUACUGUCUUCGGAUGAUCUUGCUUCCUCUGUGGUGGGUACCCCAAGUUAUAUGUGUCCCGAGCUUCUUGCUGAUAUACCCUAUGGUUGUAAAUCAGACAUCUGGUCUUUGGGUUGCUGCAUGUAUGAAAUGACUGCUUACAAGCCGGCAUUCAAAGCAUUUGAUAUGCAAGGUCUAAUUAACAAAAUUAACAAAUGUAUAGUUGCUCCACUUCCCACCACGUAUUCUGGUGCAUUCCGUGGCCUUAUUAAGAGUAUGCUAAGGAAAAACCCAGAACUCAGGCCAAGUGCUGCAGAUUUACUCCGACAUCCCCAUCUUCAACCCUAUGUGUUAAAAAUCUUUCUGAAUUCUGACAGCCCUAGACAGCACAAGUUCCACGCCCAGCCCUCUAAUUCAAACUAUGUAAAGAAAAAAAGAUAUUCUGAGCCUAGAAUUGCUCCAGUCUUCAAUGAAAGAGAGCAGAGGCGAUUGUCCAGUGAUAGGGCUUUGAACCCUAGUAUUUCUGGAACGGGUUCUCCAUGUUUAUCCCGGAGAGCAAAAGAUCUAAUGAGUUCUUUGAAGAAGAACUAUUCAGAGCCGUCUGUUGAAAGUACUCCUUAUGACGUAAAAAGUUCUGCUAUCUCAAAGUUGUCAGCUGCUGUCAAAACUGUGCGAUUUAAUUCAAAUAGAAAUUCCACACCUCAGAGGAGACAGAGCACUCCAUUAAAGAUGUCCAAUGCUGGUUCUACCCGUGAACUGCUUCCAGUGACACAUACACCAGUUAGCCGACCGUCCAAGUCAAUGCGUAGAACUUCUCUUCCUUUAUCAACAAAAGCUGGGAAGUUGGAGUCACCUUACAAACAUAAUGUUGGUCUUCUUCACCAAGUGAAGUCUCCGGAUGUCUCUGUGAAUGCUCCAAGAAUUGACAAGAUGGUUGAUCCCUUGGCUUCUUCAGAAGACCCUCUUUUGCCCAUCCAGAGAGCUUCACCGAGAUCUGUUCAGUUAUCUUCCCCUUCACCAUGCUAUAGUGACUGGUCGUUCACAAAAGACAAAUGUACAGUAAAGGUUGUUGACAGAAGCUUUCCCAAGCCACCUUUAAUUGACCCUAUUCAUGGAAUUGCGCAGAUUGGAAGUGAAUGUUCAGAACAUAAUGCAACAACUGGUGCUUCAAGCCGGUCAUCUUCAGAAUCUCGUCCCCGGAGGUUUGACACCUCUUCUUACCAGCAACGUUCUGAAGCCUUAGAAGGAUUACUUGAGUUCAGUGCUCAACUAUUGCAGCAAGAGCGUUUAGAAGAGCUUACUGUGUUACUGAAGCCAUUUGGGCCAGAAAAGGUUUCUCCAAGGGAAACUGCUAUCUGGCUGACUAAGAGUUUCAAGGAGAAGGGAGUGUAAUUGUAACCUUCUACAUUUUCCUGCUUAACUGAACUAAUGAUGCAUGGAUUUUCAAAAGAGAAAAAAAAAAAAUCAGAAUGCACACGGGGAAACUGUACAACAUGAAUAACCUGUUCAUGAGAAGCAUAAAGGAAAAUUACUUUUCAAUUGGUUGUCUGGGUCUUCGUUGUAAUGCGAUGCUAAAUGAAUAAGACCAUUAGAAUCGGGGAUGAGUAAUAAUGAACUACAGUCGAGGCUACA